AGCUACCUCAAGCUCACGGGCUCCGAGGCCUUCUGCCCCGUCUCCGGGGGAGGCUGCGGCGACGUGCUCGACAGCGACUACUCCGUCGUCUUCGGGAUCCCUCUUCCAUUAGUUGGUAUGGUGACAUAUGGUGUGGUGACUGCACUUUCUCUGCAAGAAAACGGAGAGGAGUUACUCCCUGGACUCGAUGACUUGGAUAUCCGCCUAACCUUGCUUCUGCUUGCUACUUCACUGGCGACUGCGAGCGCUUAUUUUCUUUUCAUCCUGAACACCAAAUUUGUCGGGACGUCUUGCUUAUACUGCCUAUCAUCAGCAUUUAUCUCCUUCACAUUAUUUUUCAUCAGACUAAAGGACAUUGGCUUGGCACGUAUCCAGAAGUUUGUUGGUCUUCAGUUAGCUGUAGCUGUCAUUGUUGCUCUUGCUUUAACAAACUCAUAUAGUUCAGCUACUACUCAGUUAAAGGGCACAGGUGAUUUCGUAUUAGAACCAUACAAAACAGAGGUAACAUCAGAAUCAACCCCUUUUGCUAUUUCACUGGCAAGACAUCUACAUUCUAUAGGUGCUAAGAUGUAUGGAGCAUUCUGGUGUACUCACUGCAAUGACCAAAAACAAUUGUUUGGUCGUGAAGCUAUGGAAAUUCUGGAUUAUGUGGAAUGCUUCCCUAAUGGAGCCGGUAAGGGGAAGAAAAUGGCCAACGAAUGUGUAGCCACUGGUCUGGAAGGUUUUCCAACAUGGGUCAUCAACGGGAAGCUCCUGAGCGGCGACCAGGAACUCUCAGUCCUCGCAGAAGAAUCCGGUUUUGUUUCCGAGAGCCCCGAGCAAUCCUGAGGCCAUGGACCUCGACGAGCAGAAGCACCCCACUGAUUCGAAGUGCAGAAAUCGAGAGCUCUCUAGAGGCAAGAACCUGAAGCUUGUGGUAGUUAACAGCAAUGCCACAAAAAUCUCGGCCGAGCUUCAGAUGAGGUGCAUUCCAAUGGUGCAUAAGUAGAUUAUACAACUAAAUACAACCACUAACCACUGUAAUACUAUGUAAAAAACUAAACCUAUUUGUCCUCUCAUCCAAUGGGGCUGAAGGAGAGCAUCGAAUCCGGGGCAAAUUAUACUACGACCUUUUUGUA